UUGAAGCCUUUGUUGGAAAUUUCUCCGCCUAGUGAUAAAGGAUCUUUACAGAGAAUAGUCGGUAUGUUUGCUUAUUACUCGAAAUGGAUUCCACGAUUCUCUGAAAAGAUUCGUCCUCUGAUGAAUAGCAAAUCGUUUCCUUUAUCAAAAGAAGCCACAUCAGCUUUUUCAAAACUUAAGAGAGACAUUGCCAACUCUUUACUCGUAUGUGUGGACCCGAAAUUUCCUCUAGUUGUCGAAACAGAUGCUUCAGAUGUUGCUAUCUCUGCAGCUCUCACACAAAACGGACGUCCUGUUGCUUUCUUUACUAGAACCCUUACCGAAAGUGAAAAGAAGUACCCUGCAAUAGAAAAAGAAGCUACUGCUAUUAUUGAGAGUAUUAGAAAGUGGAGACAUUUUUUGUGCAAUCGACAUUUCAAACUUAUUACUGAUCAGGAAGCAUUGUCGUUUAUGUUCAAUUUGCAACAUACAAGUAAAAUCAAAAACGAUAAAAUUCAGCGAUGGAGACUAGAGAUGUCUUGUUAUAGCUUUGAUAUCUCAUAUCGUCCUGGUUCUCUCAACAAAGUAGCUGACGCGUUAUCGAGGAUUUGUGGAGCCACAAAUCACGAUGAAUUGUAUAAUUUACACAAAUCUCUGUGUCAUCCAGGAGUUACCAGAAUGUAUCACUGGAUCAAAUCAAAGAAUCUACCUUUUUCUUUAGAAGAAAUUAAACAAAUCACUUCUGCAUGUCCCGUUUGCGCAGAAUUGAAACCUCGAUUCUAUAAAUCUCAAGAAAAUCAUCUGAUUAAAGCUACAAGACCAUUCGAAAGGCUCAAUGUAGAUUUUAAAGGACCAGUCCCUUCUAACACUAAGAAUACGUAUAUUUUGACUAUUGUUGACGAAUAUACAAGAUUUCCUUUUGCCUACCCCUGUCGGGAUAUGACCUCUGCUACGAUUAAAACAAACCUUUACAAUCUUUUCUCCAUAUUCGGGACUCCUGCAUAUAUUCAUUCUGACAGAGGAACAUCAUUUCUCUCGAAAGAUCUCAUUAACUAUCUUCAUACACAAGGCAUCGCUACGAGUUCAUCUACUCCAUAUAACCCUCAGGGCAACGGACUUGUCGAACGGUAUAAUGGAAUUUUAUGGAAAACCAUGUCUUUGGCUAUGAAGAAUAAGGGAUUAGAGACUUCGCGAUGGGAAGAAGUUUUGCCAGAAUCAUUACAUGCCAUACGUUCCCUUUUAUGUACAUCUAUAAAUUGCACUCCUCACGAAAGGAUGUUCUCCCAUGCACGUCGUUCGACAAAUGGAAUAGCUAUACCUUCUUGGUUAGCAAAUCCAGGAAAGGUACUAAUGAAGAGUCAUGUACGAACUUCCAAGUACAGUCCAUUGGUCGAAGAAGUGGAUCUGAUUGAGGCAAAUCCAGAAUAUGCUUUAAUCCGACGGGCAAAUGGGAAGGAAGUUACGGUUUCUUUAAAACAUUUGGCUCCAACAGGGGACAGUUCAAUUUUUGGUCGUGAAGAAUCUACAGGUCAAGAUCACAGUUUUGAAUCUGAUCCAGCUGUUCCUCAUGUAUCAGAAGUUCCUGUCAUUGAAUCCAAUUCCUUCCCCAACCCAGUAUUAACAGAAGAACAAAGAAGAUCGCAACGAGAAAGAAAACUACCGUUGUAUCUACAAGACUACAUUUCAAAAUAA